AUGGCGAAACGAAAGAGAGAUGGCGAGUCCUCGGCCAAGGCAUCCAAAAAGGUUGCCAUUGAUGCGCCCGCAGCAUCUGCCAAGGUUUCCUCGUUCCUACAGUCAUCCGAGUGCCCUCCGGUAAUAGCUAAACAUCCCGGAAUCAAUGUGCCAACAAACCUUUCAUUUCAGUCAUAUGCCCCGAAGGACUUGGUCAAGUCCAAAGGGAAAUCGAGCAAAUCGCAAGGACAGAAGGAGCUCUUACUCCACUCGAUAACUCACCCCAAUCUCGACUAUACGGCAAAGGAGGAUGUGCCGCGGGGAUCCAAGCCUUUUCUGAAUCACUAUGUUGGGGUUUACGACCCUAAGACUGGCAAGAUGCAGGUCAUCGAAGCAAAGAAGAUGGAAGUCCGUGGCAUUGUCCGAUCAAAGAAGGUGCCGGAAUCAGAGGGGGCAGACAAGGACAUCAAGCAGACUUUGAUGGAGCUCAAGGCAGACCUAGGUCAGACCUUUGGAACAAAGAAGGCAAGGAAGGCUAUUCAAGAUACGGUGAUGAACGCCAUUUCAGCACCGAAGAAGCCUGGGGAGGACACGCCGGCAAAGAUCGACAACGCCGCUCGCGCUAUGCUCCAGUCGGUGGGCAACAUUACUUCGACAAUGGCCACCCGCGAGGAGCUCCAGGCCGUGGUCGAUGAGGCCAAGCCUGUGCCCAUCGCAAACGUGGAUGCGGACGACAUAAUUGACGUAUACGACCCGAAGACGAUUAUCGGGGGCGACAUUCUUCACCUCGUUCCCGUGCGAGAAUGGCAAGAAAAAGUCCAGCACAAGGAGAGCAUCCAGGUCGUGUCGCGGUUUGUGGCCGCCCGCGUCAACCACAUUGCGGCCAACGAGGAUGCCACGACCCGGCUGCGGGUGCUACGCUACUUUUACUUUGUGUUGCUCUUCUACCUCAACACCAAGCCCGGGAAGCAGAGGGGCAUCCGGCAGCUGCCACCGCGAGAAAAGCUACGAGAGGCGCUGGCCCCGGCACCCGAGGCCGUCAUCGAGAACAUCCGACGCAAAUUCUCCGACGCUGGGCAGAUGCGGAAGUAUCACAUUGAUCUCUUGAUGACGCACUGUUGCGCAUUUGCGUGCAUCGUGGACAACUUCGAGGUGGACACGCAGAAUCUGAGAGACGACUUAAGGGUGGACCAAAAGACGAUCAACUCGUAUUUCCGUGAGAUUGGAGCCAGGGUGAAGCCAGUAUCGAACAAGGCAGAGGGAAAGACGUUGCAGCUGGCUCGGUUGACGCUGCCGCUCGAUUUCCCGAAGCAGAGACACAUUGCUCCCAAGAAGCGAUAA